AAGCCCGUCGUCCACGUGCGAGAGAAAUCAGCUGCUUUUUCGCCCAAGUUCCGCAAAAGCCCGUCGAGUCGAGGAACGCGAGAAAGCGAACCCAAUAUUCAAAAGGAACAGGGAUCACCAGCAGGGUUCCUAGUUACCAUUCAUGAUCGGGGGAUAAUACAGGUAUAACAAGUACCACAUUCUGCCCCCUGGAUGGCUGUGCCCAAACCCACAAGUCCGUACAUGUAACUCAAGUUCCAGUAUGGUGGGGAACCUCCUUGGGCUAGGCACUUAAGUGACCCUGUGCCAAAUGAUCGUACUGGGAGAGACCAGGGCGAGUUCCGCGAUUACUCCCGGUUGUUACGUCCUUCUAGUGGUGGUGGUAUAGUUCUAUGCAGCUACGUGCACAAUGAACGAGCGAUAAGGAACGAAGGGGAAAGAGAAGAGGAGAAAGCACCCGAAGAUUUCGAGCCGAGGGAUCCCAUUAGACCAGUGACGUCCAAAGGAAACACAAGAUCCCGUUUGAAGAAGACGAAGAGGGCGGCCACCUCUCAGUAGAACAAGAAGCCUUGAAAGUUGUUCAACUUUCUUGACUAGUUCUACAAUAAAGCAACGAGCUACGACGAUCCCCGUGAGCGCGGCGAGAUUUCGUGUUCUCUCGCCCCGGGCGGGCUUGUUGUGUUCCUUCGAGUCUGCGAAUUGGGGGCUCUUUUUGUGUCCCUCUUAAAGUCGUGGGACAGGGGCUGGUGGUGGAACAACAGUGCAGACCAUCCACGCCUUUUGACCCCCAUAAUUGGGGAGGAUCUAAGAGACUCAGACAAAUCAAACUCCACCCGACGAAGAGAGAGAUCUCUCAUUAGCGUGAAUUAAACGAGAGACACACGGCUCGAAAUGUGUGACCAUUCAAAUGUGAGCCUGAUUUGUGCUACUGCGACUGGCUGUUGAAUUGAUUCGCAUUAGCGUGGUCGACAAUCAUGGGCGAUCGAGAGUUCGAGGAGCUGCUGGUUAAUUCCGCUCAUCGACAGUACGAGCCUCGAAUCAUUCCAUCGCAUUUGAAUACUUCGCCUCGAAACUAUCAACUUGUGCAUGCAAUCACUCCAUUAGAAGAGAACAAAAGUUUCCUGGAAAAGGUCCAAUUGGGCGAGGUGUUAUGUGGCAUUCCCGAAGAGGACCGCCUCUACCCCUCCUUCACUAAUCAUAAUCCGCCUCCUGCAUCCACCUACUCGCAGCUCCAACACAGCAUCGAAACCAGGUUCCAAAACCUGCCUCCUCGCCAUAUUUGGAGCAGCUCGGAAGAUGAAGAAGACGAGGAUGAGGAUGAGUUGGAAGAAUGUGUGCUGGAGGCCUGCCGAAAACCCACAAUUCGAUGGUCGGAUCGGUGUUCCACUCAAGAGCUCAAAACCACUAAGAUAGGGGGCUCGCAUUCAGAGACCCAAUCCAAGAAUGCUUUGGUGAAAACAACACCACUGUGGAGCAACAACGUGAACAACAAUAACACCAACAGCAGGAACGACGACAACAACCAUAGUCACAACAACGUUAAAAUCGCCAGCGGUAAUACUACCAAUACCAAUGCGAGCAGCUCGAAGAAACCUGUUUCAAAUUCAAUCAGACCACAAGGCCAACAAAGCUCAUCGUGCAACAACGAGACCUUCCAAAGGUCACGGCGACGAAGGCAAUUACCUGAAGUCCCCAAAGACAAGAAACCCUUGGAACAAGUAAAUGGUGUCUCGCUAUUGGAGGAGAUCCGAGAGGCUUCGUGCUCCACUAAAAGCAAUAGCCAACAGCUCCAACAUCAUAUACAACAACAACAACGACAACAUCAACAGCAAACUGAUCCUCAACCCAAUUUCAACAAACAGACUUCUAGGUCGACUCCGAAUCUGGAUGCUCCGAGUUUGCCACCACGAAGGCAUUGCUCGUCCCCAAAUUCGUUCGCCUAUCAGAAAGUUAUCACUCCUGGUAAAUUGUCUAACCCAAUGUUGGCUAACUUCAUACGAGGCGACGAUGAGCUCGGCAUGUUAGAUAGCGGUGAAGAUGGGCCCGCUUAUGAUUCCGGAAAUUCCACCAGCCAUUCACCUGAUGAGCACCAACUCAUGCAAAGAUCCUUGUUGUUGAAUAACAGUUUCACCACAACUUUGGAAGAUACUGACUACGAUCCAGCCUCGUUGACUUCUCCCCAAUGUGAUGGUUUCGAAAUGGGAGGCCGUCAGCUUCCUCGGGUUCCAAUCCAAUACCCCCCAACUCGAAGAGUUACUCCACUUUUCAUUCUUCCGAAGAAAUUGGAACUCCUCGAUCCCACACAUCGAGGCCUUCACCGUUUUAUUCCUCGACACUACGAUGAAGUUGAAAUCGAUAUUGGGGAUCCAGUCUAUGUCCAGAAGGAGGCAGAGGAUUUAUGGUGCGAGGGUGCCAAUCUCCGCAGCGGGAAAAUCGGUAUCUUUCCAUUGGCUCAUGUUGUGGACGUGGAGUACAAUGAUUUCGAUCCCAAUGGCGUGAAUAGCGAACGAAAAGAACGUUAUCUCUUAGAAUACAUCGGAUCCGUGGAGAGCCAUUUAUACAAGGGCAAUGCGGUUCUCUGUCAAGCCGUGAAGAAGAUCGUUGGUGCUAAGGUGGCUCCAAAGAAGCAUGCUUGUGUCAUUGAGAUCUCAGACAAGGGAAUCAAGAUGAUCGAUAAGUCUCGACUCAAUCUCUCUCGACAUCCCAAUCAAGACUAUUUCUACAGCUUAAAAAACGUGACCUUCUGUGGCUUCCACCCUUCCAAUAGUCAAUAUUUAGGCUUUGUCACCAAACACCCGAAACUUCCAAAAUACGCUUGUCACGUGUUCGUCGGAGAGGGAUCCACUCAACACGUGGCUGAGGCCUGUGGGCGGGCUUUUAACCGAUUCUAUCAAAAAUUCAUUGAAACAGCCUAUCCGGUGGAGGAUAUCUACUUGGAAUGAAGCAUCAAGGGAGAUGAAAGGCUCCAACCCGAGCUCUUGGCUCCCAUUCCCAUUUUUAGUAUUGCCCUUGCGCCCCGUUUCCAUCGAAUCCAUUAGGAAUGUUUUUCUUGGAGGCCCAAAAGAAACAUACCCCCAAUCAUAAACAUCCACGCCUUUAACGAUGUCGGGAUGUCUCCCAAUCCCAAUGUCUCUUUAUUUGUUGAUCAUCAUGAGUUAUUCAUGAAAAGUGAUGAUAUAUACCUAUUUCUCAAUUGUCCAAUACACAGCACAACGACGCUGCA